CUGACUUCAAUUGCAUGUGGUUGAUGAUUGCAGCCUUUCUUUCAGCAGAUACUAAGGCAUAACUCUCAACACUGCUCAUUGACUUAGGAGCUACAAACUCCGAGCAACCUUCUCUGGAAAGGAAUAGUGAAAAGCCAUGUCACUUGGAAUGGAACUGGUUGCUUACUUACUUUCAAGUCUUUCUCAUAGAAACUCAAAUCUUAUUCUAGGAAGAGCAUUAGUUAGAAUAGAUGGGCUUGAUCUAUGGGUGUGCAGUGGAAGAUAUCAUCACUGGCUUGGCAAUCAUAUGUAGGGGUUGGAAACCAGUUUACUUUAGUCCCCAUAAAAGUACUUUCUUGGGUGUUGCUCCAACAACAUUAGAUCAAAGUCUUAUUCAGGACAAGAGGUGGUCUGAAGGUCUGUUUCAGAUAUUGCUCUCCAAGUACUGCCCCUCAUUAUAUGGUUAUGGGAAGGUUUCAAGCCUAUGGUUCUUGCCAUUUGCUUAUGUUUUUGUAGCCAAGAAUGCUUACAGCAUACUUGAGACAGUGAGCUGUGGAGAAACAUUCAAGACUUUGUGGAACUUCGAACGAAUGUGGAUGAUGCGAUCAGCAACUUCAUACCUGUUUGCCUUCAUAGACAACCUCAUAAUGCUAUUUGGACUUUCUGAAACAACAUUUGUCAUUACAGCCAAGGUGGCUGAUGAGGAUGUGUUGAAGAGGUACCAACAUGAAAUCAUUGAAUUUGGAAGCUCAUCUCUCAUGUUUACUAUCAUGUCAACAUUAGCCCCGCUGAACCUUUUCAGUUCAGUUGGGGGAAUCAAGAAAGUCAUUUUCGAUAUCGAAUUCAGGGCUGCUGCAGGCUUGAUCCCACAUGUUAUUCUUUGUGGGGUAACAGUUAUGCUCCAUGUGCCUGUGUACGAAGCCCUCUUUGUCCGCAACGAUGAGGGCCAAAUCCCAUCCUCUGUUAUGUUCAAGUCAAUUAUUGUAGCUUCGCUGGCAUGUCUAAUGCCCUAUUUGCUUUACAAUUAAGCACUCAUCGGCAUGUAAAUUUCAAAGGUGUGAUGUUUUAUAUUUUUUUAUGGUAUGCUCAAAACAUUAUGACCUUGGGA